CCCUCCUCCGCGCCACAGCCACUCUCCCCUCGGCUUCACUCCGAGGAGGAACCCGGUGCCCCCGGCUGAUCGUUUCCAAUUACGUUACCCCAAGAUGGAGGUCUGCAGAUGGCACUGCUAGCGUCUCCGAGCCGCUGUAACCGUCCGUGUGUCUUUAAUGGCGCUUCUGUCGGGACCCAAGUGAUUCUGUGCCGUCUUUUUGUCCAUUUUUUGGGGGAUCUACUCGGGAGAUACUGAGCUCCAGGUUCGGGUUGUGGCAGCCAUGAGCUCCGGGGAAGGAGCAGAGGAGACGACGAAGGACGCUGGCGACAUAGCAGCGUUCUUCAAAACCGAUGGAUCCCUCCCUAAAGAGCCAAAAGGAGAUGUAUCGAGUCAGAUAGCAGGUUUCAGGAGAAAUGAGGAGAUGAGAGCAAUGGAGGUACUUCCCAUCCUCAAAGAAAAAGUUGCCUUUUUGUCAGGUGGCAGAGACAGACGCGGUGGUCCGGUGUUAACGUUUCCAUCACGCAGCAACCACGACAGAAUACGAACGGAUGACCUGAGGAGACUGAUCGCCUACCUCGCCGGCAUCCCCAGCGAGGAGGUGUGUAAACAUGGCUUCACGGUCAUCGUUGAUAUGCGCGGCUCCAAAUGGGACAGCAUCAAGCCCCUGCUGAAGAUCCUGCAGGAGUCGUUCCCGUCCUGCAUCCACGUCGCCCUCAUCAUCAAACCAGACAACUUCUGGCAGAAGCAGAGGACCAACUUCGGCAGCUCUAAGUUCGAGUUCGAGACCACCAUGGUGUCAUUAGAGGGCCUGACGAAGGUCGUUGACCCCUCCCAGCUGACGGCGGACUUUGACGGCAGCCUGGACUACAACCAUGAAGAGUGGAUAGAGGUGCGCGUGGCGUUUGAGGAGUUCUCUGGUCACGCCACCCAGAUGCUGGCUCGACUAGAGGAGAUGCAAGAAACCGUGUCGAGGAAAGACUUCCCGCAGGACCUGGAAGGAGCCCGGCGGAUGAUAGAAGAACAUGCCACGCUGAAGAAGAAAGUCAUAAAGGCCCCGAUAGAGGAGCUGGACACUGAGGGUCAGAGGUUGCUCCAGCGAAUCCAGAGCAGCGAGUCCUUCUCCAAUCGUAACGGCAGCAGCAGCGGCGGCAGCGGUGGCAGCAGCAGCAGCAGUGGCGGGAUGUGCAACGCCGACACCCAGGGCCUGGUGCCGCGGAUCACCCAGCUGCUGGACAAACUGCACUCCACCCGACAGCACCUCCACCAGGCUUGGCACGUUCGCAAGCUCCAGUUGGACCAGUGCUUCCAGCUGCGCCUGUUCGAGCAGGACGCAGAGAAGAUGUUUGACUGGAUCAUGCACAAUAAGGGUUUGUUCCUGGCAGGCUACACAGAGAUUGGCAAUAACCACCCCCACGCCAUCGAGCUGCAAACCCAGCACAACCACUUCGCUAUGAACUGCAUGAAUGUGUACGUGAACAUCAACCGCAUCAUGUCAGUGGGCAACCGGCUGCUGGAGUCGGGUCACUACGCCUCCCAGCAGAUCAAGCAGAUCUCAGGCCAGCUGGAGCAGGAGUGGAAGGCCUUUGCUGCCGCGCUGGAUGAACGCAGCACGCUGUUGGAGAUGUCGGCCAGCUUCCACCAGAAAUGUGACCAGUACAUGAGUAACGUGGACUCGUGGUGUAAGGCCUGCGGCGAGGUGGAUCUGCCCUCCGAGCUGCAAGACCUUGAAGACGCCAUCCACCACCACCAGGGCCUGUAUGAACACAUCACUGCUGCCUACUCUGAGGUGAGCCAAGAUGGCAAAGCCCUGUUGGACAAGCUGCAGCGACCUUUGACCCCGGGCAGUGCCGACUCGCUGACAGCAUCGGCAAACUACUCCAAGGCCGUGCACCACGUCCUGGACAUCAUCCACGAGGUGCUGCAUCACCAGAGACAGCUGGAGAACAUCUGGCAACACCGCAAAGUGCGGCUGCACCAACGUCUGCAGCUGUGUGUGUUUCAACAGGACGUCCAGCAGGUGCUGGACUGGAUAGAAAACCACGGCGAGGCCUUCCUCAGCAAACACACAGGUGUGGGAAAGUCCCUCCAUCGAGCCCGGGCUCUACAGAAACGGCACGAGGACUUUGAGGAAGUUGCACAGAAUACGUACACCAAUGCAGACAAGCUGCUGGAGGCGGCCGAGCAGCUGGCCCAGACGGGAGAGUGCGACCCAGAGGAGAUCUACCAGGCCGCCCACCAGCUCGAAGACAGAAUCCAAGACUUUGUUCGCCGCGUGGAGCAGCGCAAAGUCCUGCUGGACAUGUCUGUCGCCUUCCACACGCACGUCAAAGAGCUGUGGACAUGGCUGGAGGACCUCCAGAAGGAGCUGCUGGACGACGUUUAUGCCGAAUCGGUGGAGGCCGUCCAGGAUCUGAUCAAACGCUUCGGCCAGCAGCAGCAGACCACGCUGCAGGUCACCGUCAACGUCAUCAAGGAGGGAGAGGAUCUCAUCCAGCAGCUCAGGGAUUCGGCCAUCUCCAGCAACAAGACGCCCCACAACAGCUCCAUCAACCACAUCGAGAGCGUCCUGCAGCAGCUGGACGAGGCCCAGGCCCAGAUGGAGGAGCUCUUUCAGGAGAGGAAGAUCAAACUGGAGCUCUUCCUGCAGCUCCGUAUCUUCGAGAGGGACGCCAUCGAUAUCAUCUCUGACCUGGAGUCAUGGAACGAGGAGCUGACGGGUCAGAUGAAUGAUUUCGACACGGAGGACCUGACGCUGGCCGAGCAGAGGCUGCAGCACCACGCUGACAAGGCCCUGACCAUGAACAACCUCACCUUCGAUGUCAUCCACCAGGGACAGGAGCUGCUGCAGUACGUCAACGAAGUCCAGGCCUCUGGCGUGGAGCUGCUGUGCGACCGGGACGUCGACAUGGCAACACGGGUUCAGGAUCUGCUGGAGUUUCUCCACGAGAAGCAGCAAGAACUGGACCUGGCGGCUGAGCAGCACCGCAGGCACCUGGAGCAGUGCGUCCAGCUGAGACACCUGCAGGCUGAAGUCAAACAGGUCCUGGGUUGGAUUCGUAACGGCGAGUCGAUGCUGAACGCUGGUCUAAUAACAGCCAGCUCCCUACAGGAAGCUGAACAACUGCAGAGGGAACACGAACAGUUUCAACACGCCAUCGAGAAAACCCACCAGAGUGCCCUGCAGGUGCAGCAGAAGGCCGAGGCUCUGCUCCAGGCGAACCACUACGACAUGGACCUGAUCCGAGACUGUGCAGAGAGCGUGGCCUCCCACUGGCAGCAGCUCAUGCUGAAAAUGGAGGACAGGCUCAAGCUGGUCAAUGCCUCAGUGGCCUUCUACAAGACCUCUGAGCAGGUCUGCAGUGUGCUGGAGAGCCUGGAGCAGGAGUACAAGAGAGAGGAGGACUGGUGCGGAGGAGCCGACAAACUGGGACCAAACUGUGAAACGGACCACGUCAGCCCCAUGAUCAGCAAACACCUGGAGCAGAAGGAAGCCUUCCUCAAGGCGUGCACUCUGGCCAGAAGAAACGCAGACGUCUUCCUCAAGUACAUGCACAGGAACAGCGUCAACAUGCCGGGGAUGCUGAGUCACGUCAAAGCUCCAGAACAGCAGGUUAAAAACAUCCUCAAUGAGCUGCUGCAGAGAGAGAAUCGUGUUCUCCACUUCUGGACGAUGAGGAAACGUCGGCUGGACCAGUGUCAGCAGUACGUGGUGUUUGAGCGCAGUGCCAAACAGGCUCUGGAGUGGAUUCACGACACUGGGGAGUUUUACCUGUCCACACACACCUCCACUGGCUCGAGUAUCCACCACACGCAGGAGCUGCUGAAGGAGCACGAGGACUUCCACAUCACAGCCAAGCAAACGAAGGAGCGCGUGAAGCUGCUGAUCCAGCUGGCUGACGGCUUCUGCGAGAAAGGCCACAGUCACGCCGGGGAGAUCAAGAAAUGGGUGACGGCCGUGGACAAACGCUACCGAGACUUCUCCCUGCGCAUGGACAAGUACCGCUGCAGCCUGGAGAAAGCCCUCGGCAUCUCCUCGGACUCUAACAAGGCGAGUAAGGAUCUCCAGCUGGACAUCAUCCCAGCCACGGCUCCAGGGUCAGAGGUCAAGCUGCGGGAUGCUGCUCAUGAGCUGAAUGAGGAGAAACGCAAGUCGGCUCGCAGAAAGGAGUUCAUCAUGGCAGAGCUGAUUCAGACAGAAAAAGCCUACGUGCGAGACCUGCGGGAGUGCAUGGAUACCUACCUGUGGGAGAUGACCAGUGGAGUUGAGGAGAUUCCUCCAGGAAUCAUCAACAAGGAGCACAUCAUCUUUGGAAACAUGCAGGACCUCUAUGAGUUCCACCAUAACAUCUUUCUCAAAGAGUUGGAGAAAUAUGAGCAGCUUCCAGAGGAUGUUGGGCAUUGCUUCGUCACAUGGGCUGAUAAGUUCCAGAUGUAUGUGAACUACUGUAAGAACAAACCCGACUCCACCCAGCUCAUCCUGGAGCAUGCUGGGAACUACUUUGAUGAAAUUCAACAGAGGCACCGACUGGCCAACUCCAUCUCCUCCUAUCUGAUCAAGCCUGUGCAGAGAAUCACCAAGUAUCAGCUCCUGCUGAAGGAGCUGCUGACUUGCUGCGAAGAAGGAAAAGGAGAGAUCAAGGACGGCCUGGAGGUGAUGCUCAGUGUUCCUAAGAAAGCCAACGAUGCCAUGCACCUCUCGAUGCUGGAAGGUUUUGAUGAAAACAUCGAAUCCCAGGGCGAGCUCAUUCUCCAGGAGUCGUUCCAGGUCUGGGAUCCAAAGACUCUGAUACGGAAGGGUCGGGAGCGCCACCUCUUCCUGUUCGAGAUGUCGCUUGUCUUCAGCAAGGAGGUCAAGGACUCAAACGGCAGAAGCAAAUACAUCUACAAGAGCAAACUCUUUACGUCAGAGUUGGGGGUGACAGAGCAUGUUGAAGGAGACCCCUGCAAGUUUGCUCUGUGGGUGGGACGCACCCCGACGUCUGACAACAAGAUUGUGCUCAAGCUAAGUCAGGGAUCCAAACACGGAGCCAUGGCGUCGAGCAUCGAGAACAAGCAGGACUGGAUCAAACACAUCAGGGAGGUGAUCCAGGAGCGCACCAUUCACCUGAGAGGAGCACUCAAGGAGCCCAUUCAUAUUCCCAAAGCAACCACGGCCAAGCACCACAAGGGGAGGGGAAGGGAUGGAGAGGACCUGGACAGUCAGGGUGAAGGCAGCAGCCAACCAGACACCAUCUCUCUGGCAUCCCGCACUUCACAGAACACACUGGACAGCGACAAGCUCUCUGGUGGCUGUGAGCUGACCGUGGUGAUACACGACUUCAUGGCCAGCAACAGCAACGAGCUGACAGUGCGGCGCGGUCAGACGGUGGAGGUCCUGGAGCGCUGCCACGACAAGCCAGACUGGUGCCUGGUCAGGACCACGGACCGCUCCCCUGCCUUGGAGGGCCUGGUGCCCUGCUCCAUGCUCUGCAUCGCUCACUCCAGGUCCUCCAUGGAGAUGGAGGGCAUCUUCAACCACAAAGACACUCUGUCAGUGUGCAGCAAUGACUCCAUCAUGCCAGGGUCGUCUGCUACGCUCCAGCCUGGUCACGGCAUCGGCUCCCACACCUCACCAGGGCCUAAACGACCAGGUAACACACUGCGGAAGUGGCUCACCAGCCCGGUGCGCCGGUUAAGCAGCGGCAAGGCAGACGGCCACGUGAAGAAGCUGGCCCACAAGCACAAGAAGAGUCGCGACGUGCGGAAGAGCGGGGAGAUGACGAUGGGGUCCCAGAAAGACUCGGACGACAGCGCAGCCACACCUCAGGAUGAGACUGUGGAGGAGAGGGUUCGUAACGAGGGCCUGUCGAGCGGCACGUUGUCCAAGUCCAGUUCCUCGGGUAUGCAGAGCUGCGGAGAGGAGGAGGGCGAGGAAGGCGCUGACUCAGUGCCUCUGCCUCCACCUAUGGCCAUCCAGCAGCACAGCCUGCUGCAGCCAGACUCACAGGAUGACAAGACCUCCUCUCGUCUGUCGGUCCGUCCAUCCAGUUCAGAGACGCCCAGUGCCGCUGAGUUGGUGAGCGCCAUUGAGGAGCUGGUCAAAAGCAAGAUGGCGUUGGAGGACAGACCCAGCUCACUGUCAGUCGAACAAGGAGACAGCAGCUCUCCUUCCUUCAACCCCUCUGACAACUCCCUCCUCUCCUCCUCCUCCCCCAUCGAAGAGAUGGACGAACGCCGGACCAGCAUCCUCAAGAAAAGACAUUACAUCCUGCUGGAGCUGGUGGAGACGGAGAGAGAUUAUGUCAGAGACCUGGGGCUGGUGGUGGAGGGUUACAUGAGCCGGAUGAAGGAGGAGGGUGUCCCUGAUGACAUGAAGGGAAAAGACAAAAUCGUGUUUGGCAACAUCCACCAGAUCUACGACUGGCACAAAGAUUUCUAUCUCGGGGAGCUGGAGAAAUGUUUGGAGGACCCUGACAGACUGGGACCACUCUUUCUCAAACAGGAACGGAGACUAAACAUGUACGUAGUGUACUGUCAAAACAAGCCCAAGUCGGAGCACAUCGUCUCAGAGUACAUCGACACGUACUUCGAGGACAUGAAGCAGCGGCUGGGACACAGGCUGCAGAUCACAGACCUGCUCAUCAAGCCAGUCCAGAGGAUCAUGAAGUACCAGCUGCUGCUCAAGGAUUUCCUGAAGCACUCUAAAAAGGCUGGGCUGGAGUCGACGGAGUUGGAGAAAGCAGUGGAGGUCAUGUGCAUCAUGCCGAAAAGGUGCAACGAUAUGAUGAAUGUCGGCCGGCUUCAGGGAUUUGACGGGAAGAUCGUGGCUCAGGGCCGCCUUCUGCUGCAGGACACGUUUAUGGUGUCUGACCCAGAGGGCGGCGUGCUCGGCCGGAUGAAGGAGAGGAGAGUCUUCCUCUUUGAGCAGUUGGUCAUCUUCAGUGAGCCGCUCGACAAGAAGAAGGGUUUCUCCCUGCCAGGCUUCCUCUACAAGAACAGCAUCAAGGUGAGCUGUUUGGGUAUAGAGGACAGUAUGGAAGGUGAUCCCUGUAAGUUCAUCCUCACGUCUCGGUCGACCAACGGUGCCGUGGAGUCCUUUGUGCUUCACUCCUCCCACCCGGGGGUGCGUGAGGUCUGGACCCUUCAGAUCAGCCAGAUACUCGAGAGCCAACGCAACUUCCUCAAUGCUCUGACGUCACCAAUUGAGUAUCAGAGGAACCAUGUGGGGGCGAGUGGAGGGCCGUGUGUGCCCAGCCUAGGAGCUCCGGGUGGAGGCAGCGUUGGGUCCAGUGCGACCCCUGCAGUCGGAGGUGGAAGCUCCCAGAGUAGCGCCAUCCCUUUAGGACCUCAGGGUGGCUCUCGUCGGCCCUCCAGGAUCCCCCAGCCAUCCCGCCUGCCCCAGCCCCUCCGUCACCACCCCGGGGCCGACCUCGACGGCCCAAACAAGAUGUCAGGUUCGUCCCCUUGUCCUGUCCCCCCUCCCCUACUCCCUCCAGGGGGUAGCCCGCAGGGCAAGCGCCCCAUCCAGACCCCAGAGGACCAAGCACAGACCCCCACUCCUGCCAGCGCUGUAGCCCCUAUCCCCCGCGCCAUGGUCGGGCCCCUGCCCUCUACACCCACUUCCAAACCACGGCCAGGAGCCGUGUCCCCCAUGGCGCCCCCCCUGGCCACUCCUGCCUUCGGCAAGGACGGCCUCCCUCCUCCCCCUCCCAGCCCGGGCCAGAAGUCCGGAUCUGGAUUCUGGAGCUCCAUGCCGGGCUCUCCAGCCAGCCGGCCUGGCUCGUUCACCUUUCCAGGGGAGGCAGGAGAGACUCCGGUCCGUCAGAACUCAAACCAGAUCCAGACCGGCUCUGGAUCUGGGAGCCAAACCCACAGACACUCCACGCACAGCAAGGAAGCCGACCGCAUGAGUACAUGCUCAUCGGCCAGCGAGCAGUCCAUCCAGUCCACCCAGAGUAACGGGAGUGAAAGUAGCAGCAGCAGUAGCGUAUCCACCAUGUUGGUGACCCAGGACUACAUGGCCUUGAAGGAGGAUGAGAUCAGCGUCAGUCAGGGCGAGGUGGUCCAGAUCUUGGCCAGCAACCAGCAGAACAUGUUUCUGGUGUUCAGGGCGGCUACGGAGCAGGGCCCCGCCGCCGAGGGCUGGAUCCCCGGAUUUGUACUGGGACACACCUCGGCCAUCGUCCCCGAUUGUCCCGAGGGAUCCAUAAAUAGGAAGUCCUCAUCGUGGCACACGUCCCUGCGCAUCCGUAAAAAGUCUGAGAAGAAGGAGAAGGAGGCGAAAAAAGACACCAAGCUGGAAAACGGUUACAGGAAGUCCAGAGAAGGUCUGGCCAAUAAGGUUUCUGUAAAGCUUCUAAAUCCAAACUACAUCUACGAUGUUCCCCCAGAGUUCCUUGUGCCUCUGAGUGAUGUGACGUGUGACAACGGAGAGAGCGUCACCCUCAGGUGUAAGGUGUGUGGUCGCCCCCGGGCCGCUGUCACCUGGAAGGGACCCAACCAGAGCAACCUCACCAACAAUGGACACUUCAGCAUCGCCUACAGUGAUACAGGUGAGGCGACGCUGCGGAUCAUCGGCGUAGCCUCUGAGGAUGAUGGCGUUUACACGUGUGUUGCCACAAACGAGCUGGGCAGCGUGACAUCAUCAGCGAGCCUCAGAGUGUUAGCAGUGUCCACUGACGGGAUCAGAGUGAGCUGGAAGGACAACUUUGAGUCUCACUACACUGAGGUGGUUGAACUGGGCAGGGGUCGUUUCUCUGUGGUCAAGCGUUGUGACCAGCGCGGCACCAAACGUACGGUGGCGGUCAAACAGGUGAACAAGAAGCUGAUGAGGAGGGACCGGGUGACUCAGGAACUCAACCUGCUCCAGAGGCUCCAACACCCCCACAUAGUCAGCCUGAUCGACACGUAUGAGACCCCCAGCAGCUACGCCCUCGUCCUGGAGAUGGCCGACCAAGGCCGUCUGCUGGACUACAUCGUCAGCUGGGGGAAUCUGACGGAGGAGAAGGUGGCGUGCUACCUGAGGGACAUUUUAGAAGCUUUACACUACCUGCACAACUGCAGGAUCGUGCACUUGGACGUAAAACCUGAGAACCUGCUGGUGGCGCACACCUCCAGCGGCCAGCCAACGGUCAAACUCACAGACUUCGGUGAUGCCGUCCAGCUCAACAGCGCCCACUACGUGCACCCUCUGCUGGGCAGCCCUGAGUUCGCCUCUCCAGAGUUGGUCCUCGGAGAGCCGGUGUCGCUGACCUCUGACCUGUGGAGCCUGGGCGUGGUGACCUACGUGCUGCUGAGCGGCGCCUCCCCCUUCCUCGACGAGAGCGCCGAGGAGACCUGCCUGAACAUCUGCCGGCUGGACUUCAGCUUCCCCAGGGAUUACUUCCACGGCGUCAGCCAGGCGGCCCGGGACUUCAUCUGCCUGCUCCUGAGGACCGACCCGGGCAGGAGGCCUCCAGCCGGGCUCUGCCUCCAGGAGCCGUGGCUACAGGCCGGUCCUGCUGACGGUUGCGCCCGAGCAGAGGGCUGCCUGGACACUUCCCGCCUCAUCUCCUUCAUAGACAGGAGGAAACAUCAGACUGACGCCCGGGCCAUCGGAGGAGUCCGGAGCUUCAUCCAAAGUCGCCUUCAGCCCCGAGUGUAAAGGAACAAGUCCUCGCCAACCUCCCGAUCCCCCGCCGUACUGUAGGGCCUGCAGGUUCCUCUGGACCUGAGCAUCCUGAUGUAACAGGAAGGAGAAAUAACGCUGAUCUUGUCCUCUUUCACAGAAUGUUGAUUUAAGUCCUGUAGUCCUUUCACCAAUCAGAGGUCUGAGCCAAUCAGAGCCCGAGAGAACCGAGUUCUCACCAAUCACGUAAAUUAACGGAUGCCCUCGUCUACUGCUGCUUGCUGGUUUCAACUCAAAACAGAUUUUGUAGUUAAGUGAACAAAAAUCUAAAAAAAAAAAUUAAAAAAAGUAAAAACAUUAUGAAGUAAUUUAUUUUCCUUGGAGAGUUAAAACUGAUCAGAAGAGCCGAUUGAUCGAGCCUCGACACCACUGCACAGACGCAGAGCUUUCAGGAGAAAGUGCUGCCAACGAAUCGAGUGACGGCGCCGAGAGCAAACUGCCCAGACGUUUGUGUGUUUUUGCUCUUUUACACUAAAACUGUGACUCAAAGACUUUUGAGCAGCGGCCCUUUCUUAUAGAAACAAUGUACACAGAGGAAAAAGUACUGUCUCUAUGUUUCCAAGAAAAAAAUAAGAAUUGUAGAAAAACGCUCAUCAGUUAAAAGCUGCUGUGCUUCUCUGGACUCUGUCGACACCCGGACACUUUCUGAGACAUUUAUACGUCCGAUCAGAGCUUUUUGAUGGCUGCGCUUAUAUAACGUACCUAAUCUAAGAUACCAUGAUGACCAUGUCGCGAAUAACAAUGCUGCACUGUCCGAUCUGAGAAGAAACAAUAGACAUCCAUCAUUUGCUUUUCCUAGAACAAAACUUGUGUUGCGCAGAUAUGAGAUGUUUAAGCCUUACCUUGUAUAUAGACUUCUGCCUUCUUUCCCUCACAUUCACAGCAGACUCCUGCUUCUGGACGGCAGGACGCCGCCGGACUGUCGGAGCCUCGGCGGCAGCGCUGACGGGAGUGAAUGUGGAGGCAGAGGAAGACAAAUUACUGUAAAUGCACUCAUUGUAUGUUAUGUUUGAUUAUCAUGUGCAAUGUUGCGGCUUUAACAUUUUAUGCAACUAUUUAUGAAGACAUCUGUUGUAUCUGUAAUAAAUCUAGAGAAAAGCAUGUACUUGGUACUGCAAGCACUGCUGGUAGUUUGUGUUUAUUUGAUCUCUGAGUGGUAGGACGUCGGCGCCACAGUGAGAGGUCACCCUCUACAAUCAUUACCGUUUGAUCAAAAAUUAUUUAACACUUUUUGUACUGUAUGCCUCUGUAGUAUUGGUACACCAAAGUUGCUCUAGCUUUAUAGUACUUAAUAAAAAAAAAUGUUUUAUUGUGACUAUGUUUCACUUGAGUUAGGUAACCUACGACCUUGUGGAAUGAUUGUUUACACGAGUUAAACACUACGAUUAGUUCGUUACGUCUCUCGUGCCCUUUCUUAAAGAGAUGGGAUUAAAGACAAAUGUGUUCUUCACAGAGGACGGAGCGCUGAUGGGAGAUUUUGUACAUCGUUUACUAAAUGGUGAUCUAACUUUGUGUACAGAUACUUGUUGCCAAAAUAUUUCUUCCAUAAACUCCAGUUCAAUUUUAAAAAACAACCCUAAAGCAGCGACUAAACGAUGGUUUUUAAUUUGAUGUCUGUCCUGACGUUAUAACCACUUAACUGUACAUGAAUCCAACACGGGGUCAGGAUGUGUCACGUUCAAAGUGAUGUCACCAGGAGCAGAAAUCACAGUCCUCCGUUACCUUUUUAUUUAUUUGAAAGGUGUGCACAGGCCGUUCAGCGAGGAAACGUGGACUGGAUACCUCAGUUUAGGGUUUUUAUUUGUUUGUUUUUUUCAUUGUUGUGUGUCUUUUGUUGUUGUUGUCAUGUUUGUUUCCAGUCUCAUUUGUUUCAUAAAUUACAUGUUGGCUAAUUUGUUUUUAUGUUUUUUAUCUUUGCAUGUAUAUUUCUUUGUACAGAUCAUACAUAUUGUCUCUUGUAAAUAUUCCCAUUUUGCCAUCAGUUAUUUGGAAAUUAAACAUAAUGA